GCAAAGGUGCUGUACUUUUAUUUUCUGAUAUCGGCCGUUAAUACAAGACCCAAAAUGUACGGAAUUUCAUCCAAAUCAACGGCCGAGAAGAAGGCCGUGAUCAAGAACGCAGACAUGCCUGACGACAUGCAGUCCGACGCCGUGGACUGCGCUACACAGGCCAUGGAAAGGUUCAACAUCGAGAAAGACAUCGCUGCUUUCAUCAAGAAAGAGUUCGACAAGAAGUACACCACCACCUGGCACUGCAUCGUGGGUAGAAACUUCGGCAGUUACGUCACACACGAGACCAAGAACUUCAUCUAUUUCUACAUGGGACAGGUGGCCAUACUGCUGUACAAAUCGGGAUAAUUUUUAAGUUCUGGAUAACAUCUGAUUCUGGUCUUGAGCUGCAGCUAGGCUCAUCCGCCAUCUUAGAACACUGACGGACACAAUGCAGGCGCAAUUGGGUCCACAGCAAACCAAUUCAGACUGGCUUUGAAAUGGAGACUAUACAGUCAAGGAUGCAGCAAAGAGAAGCUAGGACAUGUUGAGAAAUGCGCCGCUACGUCAGCAUGCAUCCCCGGAGUCCAAACAUGAUAUAGCCUACAUAAUAAAGCUAUCGUGCAGAAGUUAACCUUAGCUCCCUGUGCGGAAUCGCGAUAGUCUGGAGCCCUUGCAUAGAGCGCCCUCAGUGAGGACAAGUUUUGUUUUCCACUGUAAAGCUUUUGCUCAGAAGUCAAAGACAUUAGGAUCUCCCUAUCUGGUUCGUUAGUGUCUAUGUUGUCAUACACGCGCGCGCAACACUGAUUACUAGCGCCCAUUGGAUAAACACUGAAGUUGCGUUUAACUUCCGGUUCCAGUGGUUCCAAUGCUGCUUAAUUUGCAGUGGGCGUGGUUUAAACUGAAGUGACGUCACACUAACGGACCGGUUAGACCUUAUGCGUUGCGGGUGUCUCAGAGGGUAUUCUUUAUUUCAAUUAAUUAAUAAACAACUAAUCAAUGCACAAUCUCAUGCCUAUUCUAUAGCGAUACAAAACAAUUGCCCUUUAACUCCGCCUCAACGCGCAAGGUCUAUACCAAAUCGCCAUUAUUCUGCCCUUGCAUAAAGCGACCUCACGUACUGAAGGCAUUGACUUUGUUCCUUUGUUCCGCUGUGUCACAAGUAACAAAACCUGUCCCCAGUGGGGGCGCUCUGUGCAAGGGGUCUAUUGGAAUGGAAACGAGGAUGCACUUGGAAGACACAGACUCUCUCGCGCGUUACUGGGAACUUGGCUCACUGAUUACUUCAUUUGUGGCUGGUCUUUUUUUUUUAUAAUGCCACUGUGCAAAGUGUAUAAAUAGCGUGUAAAUUAUGUAAUUCAAUGGCGGCUGGUUCGGUGAGGCAAACAUGUUGGUGCUUUGUUUGAAAAAUUACUUAUUAAAGUUGCUCGUCAAUUUUUUCCUAAAAAUUGUUUAACUUCUAUGUUUUGUUUUUAACGUAAAAAACCUUCUUAAUUCCGAUUUUGGGCGUCUGCAAAAUUAACCUUCUGAAAAGGCGCUUAAUUUUGCGCACAAAAUGAAUGCGCCCUAUAAUGGAGCCGAAUUGUUGUCUGGCAGCCAAUAAUUCGACUUUUGUGAAGAAAUAAUUCAAUAACUAAACAUUUGUGGAUUGUUUUUUUCGUUCUAUGUCUCAAUAACUUUCAUAUUGCUGGGAAAAUAGCAUUGAAAACAAAUCUAGUUUUCGAGGUGAACACAUCUUUUAGAUGGCUCACUUAUUACUUCAUUUUAUUUGCUGGUCUUUCUUUAACUCCACGGUGCCAAGGUUUUGAUGGCGUGUAAAUUAUGUCAUGAAAUUUAUAAUGGAUGGGUCAGUGAGGUAAACAUUUGGUGCUUUGUUUGAGCAAUAAAUAAGUGAUUAAAAACUAGAAAAGCAAAAACCGUUUCAGACAGGCGUUUCAGAGCUGCGCUGAGCUAAUAUGUAUUGAGAGGGACUGAAGUCGACCCAGAUAAAACUGGGUUUCAAACAGGUGAAAUUUAUGAUC